AUGACGCAGGGCACCCUCGCGCUCAAGCUGUCCGGCCUCGCCGAGGGAGCAGCCAUCGGCGCCGCGGCCGCCGCACGCAUCACCACCGCCUCCGACGACGCCGCCGCGGCCCACGAGCUCGCCGACCUCGUCUGCUCCAGCCCCGACGUCGCGCGCCGCGUCGCCGCCGCGCCCGCGCCGCCCGGCGGCGGCGGCGGCGCGCUGGGCCUGCUCGCCUCCGUCCUCGACGACCCGGCCGCCGCCGCGCCCGCCAAGCGCGCCGCGCUGCGCGCGCUGACCGCCAUGAUCCGCGGCGGCCCCGCCGCCGCCGCGCGCGUGGAAGACGCCGCGCUGCCGUCGCUCGUGCACGCGCUACAGGACGACUCCGCGCGCGCCGGCGCGGCCGCCGCGCUGGGCGCGCUGUGCGCGCUGGGCCAGGAGACCCUGACUCAUCGCAUCGCCGAAACCGAGGGCGCCGCGACCGGCCUGGUGGGGGCCCUCGUGGCCGACCCCCGGGACGCCGCCGCCGCCGUCGCACUAUCCCACGUGGCCGCCCUAGAUGGGCGCCUCAUCGGCCGCGCCAUCGCAGCGACCCCCGGCGGCGCCGCCGGGCUCGCGGCCGCGCUCGCGUCCGGCUGCCCCGGCGCGGCGGAGGGCAUCGAAGCGUGCCUUGCGACCAUUGGGGAAGCGAGCCCAGAUUUAUGGCGCCAAUUCGCUGCCUGCGAGGGCGCGCUGCCUGCGCUCACGCGCCGCCUCUUCGACCGCGCGCCCGCCGACGACGACGCUCGGCCGCUCUGGCUGCUGCGCCACACGGCCACGCACGCGAAGCGGCUCGGCGGCGCGGGCGCGGACGCGGGGCGCGCGGCGGCGUCGGCGGUUGCCGCAAAGCACCUGCUCGCGCGGGAGUCACAGGAGCAGGCGCUGGCGCAGCUGGUGCUGUCUCAAGCCUAUCUAGACGCGCCCCCGUGGGUGGUGGCGGCGCUGAGGCACAUGGCUGCGGAGAUCGAGGCGCUGAGGGGGCGGCUGGCGGAGCUGGGCGGGGCGUCGGACGACGGCGCGGCGAUUUGA